AUGACCCUUAAGGGCGGCACAAGCCAGGCCUGCGCUGCAUGCAAGUACCAAAGGCGAAGGUGCUCGGCCGAAUGCCCUCUCUCCCCAUAUUUUCCUCCCGAGCAGCCCAAGUUGUUUCAAAACGCUCACAAAUUGUUCGGCGUCAGCAACAUCUUGAAAAUACUUAAAAAUUUGGAGCCUGGUCAGAAGAAUGAGGCGAUGAGGUCCAUCAUUUAUCAAGCAAACAUGCGUGACAAGUUUCCCGUAUAUGGGUGUUGCUGGAUUAUCUGUCAACUCAAGUACCAAGUUCUGCAGGCGGAGGAGGAGCUUAAUGCUGUUCAGGCGCAGCUUGAGAUGUACCGCCAGCAUCAUCAGAUUUCGUCUAUGCCGGAUGAUGGGACUUCGCAGUUGGAAUUAGGCAUGGCGCCACCUAGCAAUGGACUUUCACUUUUCAAUCAUACUACUCCGCAACAUUAUAAUGCUGUGCCUGCAGCAGCUUUGCCUGUGCCCCAACAGCAAUCCUACUCGAACAGCAGCAAAGGCGUCUACACCUCUGGUUACAUGGAUGCCAAGGACAUUAACGUGGCAAAUUCAUUUUGGGCUCAACAGCCUAAUUAUGCCAAUAACAAUAACAAUUCAAUGGCAAUUCAAUCUCAAUUGGUUGUCCCCCAACAACAAACUAUCCAACAAGAAGUAGUUCAAGACUAUGAUGAGUUGCACCCUUUUUUUGAUACAAUCGAUGACCGACAAUCAUACAUUGAUUCCAAAGAAGCUUAUGAGUCAAGCAGCUCGGAAGAAUCAUUGAAAGAUACAACCCAAUCCACUGAGCAUGUUGCAGAGAAUGAGUUGAAGAAUGCUGCAGCACGCUUCAGUCUUACCAGUGUCAACUGAACAAAUGAGCGCAAGAGAAGAAGUCGAGCUAUGUUGCCAAGGACUGCUGUGAUCAAUCACAAAAAGAGGCCUAAAAGCUACCCAUAGUUGUUUAUGCACCGAUGUGGACUACUUACAUAUGUAUUUACUGCUUCUACCAUCUAUUAAGGUUUUUAAGGUUGCAUGAUUAUCAUCAUAAAGUACAGAGCUAAAUGGGGGGACACAGAAAUCCAGAUCCUCAAUCCCCACAGGCUUAAAACCCCCACCUACCUGAAUGAAACCAACUAGUAACUUCUGUCGACUCUAGAGAUUCAAAAGAAACUCAAGAACAGAUUGUCAAAGCUGAGAAGUUGUUCUACUUUUGUCAUUGUCUAUGCACACUAUUAAUACCCAUGUA